UACAGAAUCGUCGAAAGGAACACAACGCGUUCGCCGACGCCCGUCGACGCUCGGCGUCGCUCGUGCGAUUCCGUAACAGCGAGGCGGGGUUUAGGCGGGGUCGAUACGAGGCAACUUCGCGUUUCCGGCGUCCUCCGUCGUCGUCGUUGCUCUCUUAAUCGCGCGGUAAUCGAAACACCGUGGCGACUAUCUUCGCCGCUCGGUUAUCGCCGCCGUCGCAUCGCCCUUCCCCCGCUGUUCCUCUCUUCAUCCAACCUUCUCCUAUCUCUCGCUCUCCAGGUAAUCAUCAUUAACUCUAUCUCUCUCCCCCCCCCUCCUUCCCCCUCCCUCUCUUUCUCGCUCCUACGAGCAACUCGGUCGUCGAAGCGCGGUAACGUUAUAUCGCGGAUGGUCUCGCGCGAAAGUCGUGAUAAUAACAAGAAGGGAGGAGGGAGAGCAGGCGGGGUGGAAAGCCGAGAGGGGAAACUGAAAGUGCGCGAGCGCGGAUAGUACGCGCGCACGUUCUCUCUCUCUCUCUCUCUCUCCUUGACGCGGUCCGUCGGUCGAUCGACAGACGACGGCGUGCGACUAGAGGACGAAGGGCAAGCGAAACGACGACGAGAAGGAGAGCGCGCGCGACGCUACUACACGGUCACGACGACGAUAGAUCCGAGCGAGACGAGGUGUGCGCGCGCGCGCGCUGUCCAAGCGACUGCUACACUACUAGUGCGCGUCGCGACACACGUACGCAGGCAUGUACGGCGGCGUGCGUGGUGUCGCCGCGUUGGCCAUGAGUGCCACGGGGACGUGAUAUGCCGUGGUUAUCAGCGCGCGGCUAUUUAUCCGGAAGAGGACUCGGCGGCGCUUGGUCGCGCACAACUAGGACGGCAAGGAGAAGGAGCGGGAGAACGACGACGGACGAGCGUUAUCGGACGCCUCGGAGCCGGGGCGCCGUCGCACGCCGACAGACAGAGCGGCGUUGCCACCUCCUCGCGGCCGCGGUCGCGGCCACCGCUGCUGCUGCCGCCGCCUCCACCGCCACCGCCGCCGUCGCACCGUCGUUGCCACGUCCGCCGCUACGUUCCACCGCCGGGAACGACGACGACGGUGACGGUGACGACAAGGAAGGAGACGACCGUCUUCACGGCUUAGCUGCUGCUGUUUCAGAGCCCACCGCCAAUAGCAUGGAAGUCGCGGAGAGGGAGAAGCCGUUGGUGAAAGACUUGAACGAACAUAUCAUGUGCCCGUUGUGCCGAGGAUACCUCAUAGACGCCACGACCCUCGCGGAAUGUCUGCACUCCUUUUGCAGAGGUUGCAUCGUCCGGCUGAGCAACGGCGCCCGCGUGUGCCCGGUUUGCGGCGUGAGGACCACGCCGCCGCUCCUGCCGGACACGCGUCUCCAACGGCUGGUGUACCUCGUGGUUCCCGGGCUCUUCCGCGCGGAGCUCCAACGGCGACGUCACUUUCUCGUGCUGAACCCGCUGUGCCCGCCGUUGCCGCCUCCCCUCGGCGCCAUCAACCUCACCUUGGACGACCUCGUCAGUCUGAGCCUGGAGGAGCUGGACGAGACUGAAUGGGAGAUGUGCGAGGACGGGGUGUCGAGGAAGCGCAACGACGUCCCGUCGGCGUGGAACGAGGACGAGGACGUCGACCACGAGGCUCCGCAGAGCAGCGGCAAGACCCGAUACCUCAAGUGCCCGGCGGCCGUCACGGUGCGUCAUCUGGUGCGACUGCUGAUGCUGAAGAGAGGGUGGGAGGAGACUAACUCGUCGGUCGUCAACGGCAUCAGCAGGAUAGAAAUCCUCUACCAUCAGCUCGGACCGCGUUCCAGCGGCGGAGACGAGAUACACCUUCUCAGUCCCUUCUGGACCCUUCUGGACCUCGCAUGCAUAUUCCACUGGAAGAGGUUGGAGCCGAUGAGGCUGGUCUACCGGGUGUUGCGGAAGGAAGAAACGCUCUCGAUAUCGGAGGUCCCCUCGAAAUACGGGCCGAAGGACGGCCAGCCGGCGGCGAUCGAGAACAUACCGAGACCGCCGACGCCGCCGCCCAGCCCGAAGCCCAGUCGCAAGCCGGAAGUGGAAGCUCCUCUGACCUUGGAGAGCGACACGAAGCUACCUCAGGUCGACGAAGCUAAGAACGUCGACCGUGAGAAAGAGACGAAGAAGCCGCGCUGCGAGGUGACGCCGGUUAUGCGAACCCCCGAUCCACCCGCAAGUCUUCCAACGAGGAACCACCACCACCACUCGAGGGAGAGCUCGAGGAGCAAGGACAUGGGCAGGAUGGAGCACCUGAAGCGACGCAAGCGGCGCAAGCGGCGCAACAAGCGGGUGAUCGCGGAGAUUACGACUACGCCGCGCGAGGACCUGCUGAAGCUGAAGGUCAGACUAACGCCGUGCCCCCCGAGGAUCACCUCGAGCAGCAGCAGCAGCAGCAGGAGCGAGAAGAGCGGCCGUUCGAAAGAGAAGCUGCUGCAGCUGCGAGCGGUGAGGCGCGAGAAGCUCAAGGCGAUCACCAAGCAACACGCAAAGACGAAGCAUCUUCCUCCGGCGGAUUCUCCGCCUCUCUUAGAUUACUUCCCGGUGGCGGAUUCUCCGGUGGGCUGCGAGGAAACAAGUGCCAAGGACGAAUGCACGAUAGAGCCGGAGGAGACGAUCGAGGACAUCAUCGACUCCAUUCCGGACGAGGUGGUGCGCAUCGCCCAGAGCGAGGACAACGCCGUCGUGGAGCGCGCCUUCGAGCCGGAAGCGAAGGCGAAGCAGGAAGCGGAGGAGCCGGAGGAGAGCAAGAGCGAGUCGCCGGAACGGACGAAGAGCGCGACGGAGGAGUCGCCGGUGCGAGCGAGGAGCGCGACGGAGGAGUCGCCGGAGCGAACGAAGGGGACGACGGAGUCGCCACCGGGAGGAACGAAGGGAGCGACGGAGUCGCCGGAAGCAACGAGGAAAGCGACGGACUCGCCGAAGAAGGACGAGGAGAUCCUGCGCCGGCUGGGUCUGGUCGCGGUGAACGAGGCGAUCGCCGAGCUGCGCGACAAGGCGAAGCAGCGCUGCCAGCACAGCGCCGAGAAGACGAACAACUUGGACCGCGAGAAGCUGGAGAAACAGCUGCGCGAGAGCAAGGCCAACCGCGUCCGGAGCCUCUUGGCGGAGAAGCAGAUGCGCGACGCGCUCAAGAGCAUCAUGUCCAAGACGAACGAGGAACUUUCGUCGGUCAACAGGACACCGUCGCCCGUCCCUGCGGCCGCCGCCUCCACGACCGUUCGCGCGGCAACACCUCCGGCGGCGUCUCCGGCAGCGGCACCACCCGCGGUGGCUCCCGUGGUCACCUCUGCAGCCAGCUCCGCGAACAAUCCUGCGCUCACGAGCACCCUGAAGAAGAAGGGCCCGCCGCCGUUGGCGCCGUUGAGCAUCGGCAAGUCUUCCGGCUUCGCCGCGACCAGCACCGUCCAGCUGGUGUCCGCUUCUUCCAAGUACGAGACGCCGUUGGACCUCAGCAGCGGCAGCGGCACCGUCAACGACAACGCCCUCGAUCUGUCCGCCACGCUGACCGCCAGCAGUAAUCCGUCUCCCUCUUCGUCGUCCAAGUCCCCCACCGGGCCGAGGGCGCUCCCCGUGAUAAUCUCCGAAACCAUAAUCCGCAAGGCCAGGGACUCGGUGGAGCCGCGCAAAGGACAGGAGUCGGGCCUGAAGACUCUCUCGCAAGUUACCGUGUCGGGCAGCGGUCCGUCCGAGAAGGACCAGCCGAAGGAGCCGUCCGCGUUGCCCUCCACCGCCGCCGUCAACAAGGUCGCCCUGCGCAUUCCUCAGCCGCACCACCGCAUCUCCGGCUUCCGCGUCAAGGUCAUCAAGCCGAACCUCAGCGUCCGGCAUAUCCCGAAUCCCCAGGCCGUGGUCGCCUCCCAGUAUCGCAAUCAAAGGCCCAGUUACUACAACUCCGUCUCCCAGCAGCCACCGUAAAUGUGUCUUUAAUUUAUUUUUCUCCCUCCCUCUCUCUCUCUCUCUCCUUCCUUCGCCCGCCGCACCCCGCCGACGUUUUAUUUCCGUCCCGACGGGGACUCCUAAUCUAAAGGCUGCCACACGUCGCAUGCUCCCUCCUAGCUUCAACGACGCCGAACGCGCGCUCGCGAUUACGUAAUUAGGUCAGUCGGAAGACUCGGAGCGGAAGACACGCUGGCUCAUUCGAGACUUCUCUCUCGAUCUUGUUUAUCGAAUACGCGCGAAGGCUACCUUGACCCACGAGAGCUGUAAGUACCAUCCUGACAUCUUUCGUCGAAUGCGAGAAAAGCCGUUACGAAAAGGCCUGUUUUUGCCGCGUUCGGAAAAUGUAAAACACACAUUGUUUCUUAUAGUUUUUGAGACGUAGAAUCCGAUGGUGCUGGUUAAAAUUAUGCCGCUUAAUGGGAAUAUAUAAAAGAAAUUCAGUUUAAAAAGUACGUGAGCGCGUGACUUUUUGAGGAAUAAAACAAUCGCUCUUUAUGGUUGAGAUUCUCGAGUGUUAUUGUUUACAACGCUUCGUUAAGUCUAAGGGUGAGUUGUGGAGGUGAUUUACUGAAAGCGCCAAUGCCGUAGGUAAAAACGAAACGAAGUAACAUUCGUUUGUUCAGGCGUCUGUAAGUCGGUUUGACCUCUACGCGUCUACUUACGGGUUAAAUCAGGAAAACACGUAGCGUCGCAGACAUUCGCGAGGAAAAAAAAUAUUGAACAAAUAUAAAAAAUAUAGAAUAUCUUAUAAAAAUGUUAUAUUUAAUGAUGAAAAUAUCAGAUCCGCAAGUUCUCUAGUUAUAUUUAAUGAUGAAAAUAUCAGAUCGGAAAGUUCUCAGACGUUUGUACGAACAUGUUCGAGUCGGCUUUCCCCAUCCAGCGCCUGAAAACUUUUCGUUGCAUCUGAUAUAUUUUUGCUAUUAAAAAUAGCAUUAUCAUGCAUAAAAAUAGCAUUUUCAUAAGAUAUUCUAUGUUUUUAUAUCAAAUUAUAACGUAUCGCACCAUGUGGCGUAACGACCUGUCUUGUAUAAAAAUAACUGCAACACUACGCGUUUUUCCGAUAUCAAUUCAAUUUUUCCCGUCAUAUGAUGUAAUUUUAAUUAGCGCGGAUGUUCAUAGAUUUCUCGCCUCAAAAACUACGUUGAAAAAAAAAAAGAAAUUGAAAUUUUACGAUGCAAAAUGUUUCUCGUGACAUUUUCUUCGACAUUUAUUUAUAGAAUACGGUUGGAGAAAAGUUUGACUCUGAUAACGGAAUAUAUAUUUUUGUGAAAUAUACCUACAAGUUUGCUUAUUAAUUGGUUUAUUUGCUAGG